AUGACCGCGAACGUGUUUUUCGGCUCGUCGGCGACCCUGGAAAUCGAGCCCAAGUUCGUGUUUGGCAUGACCAAUAACGUGGUGGGAAACUGUCUGUAUUGGAAAAACGACGUGAUCGUGUACCCGGCCAUGUCGGUCAUCGUCAUCUACAACACCAAGAACAACACACAGAGGUUCAUCAACCUGCCCGAAGGACCGCGGAAAGUCAUCACGGCCAUGGACCUGAACACCAGCAACCACGUUUUGGCUGUAGCAACUACAGAUGAGAAAGACACAGUGGACGAGAUAGAAGGCGAUGGCAGCGCAAGACCGGUGAUCAGCAUUUACGAUCUGCGUUCGUUGGAUUUGAAGCAUGUGUUCAAGGAGCCGGACUUUAACGACAGUGACGAAGAUGGCGAUGGCAAAGACGACGGAUCACAAAAUACCUUUCAGCGGCGGUUCACUAAAAUUCAGUUUUUGUGGGACAAUAUCUUCAUGGCGGCCCUCGUCGUUGGCGGUCAUGAAGGGUCGGAUUGCACGUUGUAUUAUUACAGCUGGAGAAAUUCAACAGUGGAAACGUACGUGCGGAUCAACGGUCCUGUGUCUGACGUGGCAUUGAAUCCGAUCGACACUGCAAUAUGCUGUUUCGUAGGCAAAGAGUUGUUUCGGUUGAUGACCAAACCCGAAAAGGAUUGGCAACAAUAUGGUUUUCGCGAAGCUGACGGCAUACACUUUACGUGCGUCUGUUGGUUGUGCGGAGACAGGUGUUUGGCGGGCACCACUGACGGCAAUGUUAUUCUGUUCAAGAACGGCGAUCUACAAGCUGUAUACCGCGUUGACGCGAUCAGUGAAAUCGAUGUGACAACGAUAAUGACAGAGACCCAUCAGCUAUCCCUGACCACAAUGCUCGCUAAUUCAUCACGGAAUAAUAUCAUUCGGAGCUGUUUUACAUUUGAAUUUGGUCUGGUGAUGUUGGUUGGUGAUUUUACCAUCUAUCAUUUCCAGAAAAUUGAUGAAGGACGGAAAUACGAAAAAAUCGAUAAGUUUAUUAAGGAAGAGUACCGGUACUUGCAGCAGGUAGAAGUAAAGGAUGAGUUACCUAUGCAUUACAUAGAGAGCGUAUGCGUUAGCCCCAAUAGCAAGAUAUUGACGUUUAUCACGAAACGGCCUCAACUGUACCAGGCACUACUGUCUCAACUGGACGACGAUGAUGACGAAUCAACGAUGAUUAAUUUGCCAAUCAUACCCGGACCACUUGGCGUUGAUAUGCAUCAUGGUACAGUGGAGAGCUUAUCAACGAGCUUAUGGAAACCGAUUCUAAUGACAUGCGGCAAAUUGGACUAUACCAUCAAGGUGUGGGACUAUGUGGAGUGUACGUUAUUGCUGUCUAAACAUUACCCAAAACCGGUGUGCAUCGUUUCGAUGCACCCUACCGGGCUUUAUUCCUUAGCAGCAUUUUUGGACCAUUUAGAAUUCCAGAUGGUACAGAUGAACGAUCUGGUACCGUUGAAAAUCUUCCCAUUCAGGAACUGCACAGCGGUUACGUUCAGCGGGUCUGGUCACAUGUUUGCUGUUGCUAAACCGGGCGCUAUAGAUGUCUACUGUUCGCUAAUGUUUGUGAAAUGUUUUUCGUGUCUAGGACACUUGGGACCAAUUGAAAAGUUGGUCUGGUGCAACCACGAUAUGAACAUAGUCGCUUAUGACAUUUUUGGUGCCAUAUGUACAUUCGACACAAAAACUGGAAAAGUACUCACGCAUAUCGCUCCCUACUCGGGAGCAGCCUAUACGGAUUUGGCAGUUGCAGAAGACAUUAAUCAAUUAUUCGUUAUUGCUAAGGACGGCAGUUUGAAAGAAGUCUACGACCGAAAGGUUAAACGUGAAGUGAAUUUUUAUGGAACACCAUUGAAUGCAGUAUCAGUUUCUAAGUCGAAUUUGAUUUUAUUCAUAGCAGCUGAAAAUGGUGUUAUAUUGACCGUAAUAUUGCCUAUGGGAGUUCAAAUCGAAUACAAAGAAUUCAAAAUCCAUAGUCAUAGUAUAAAGAAGAUGUGUUUAGCAACAGACGGCUCAGUUUUGGUUUCUUGUUCAGAAGAUUCAAAUAUAUGUGUAUGGGAGGUAAAAAAUAUAGAGAAUAAAACUAGAAAGAUUGAAAAAAUGCAUGUAUAUACUGAUGAAAUACUAGUUAAUUUGUCGGAAUAUGAUAAAUUGCAUGAAAAUAAUAAGAAAAUUGAAGCAGCAGUGAAUAAAUUAGAGACAGAAAAUACAAUUAAUAUAAAUUCAACAAUAAAAUCAAAAAUACAGGAAAUUAAAGAUAUAAAUAAAGCGAACAUAACGCAAUAUUAUGAAACUAUUAAAAAAAAUGAAGAGGAACAAGAAAGACAAAAAAAUAUAAUAAGUAAACUUAAAUUUGAGUUAAAUCAGUUAAGUGAAAUAAAUGAGCAGAGUACAAUAAAUUUAGAAUCAUAUUAUAAUAAACAAUUAGUAUACAAAUAUAAAAAAUUUUCAAUUCUUGAAAAUCACGGAUUUCAGUUGACUUCUGGGUUAAAAAAAAAUUUAGAAGCAGUGCAAAAUACUUUAGACAAAGAAUUACAAGAGGCAGCAAGUAACUACGAGAAAGAGCUUAAAGAAAAAAUUGAAGACAUAAUACAGUCGAAGGAAAAACUGAUAAAUGAAAAAAAUAACACUAAAAUGUUGGUAGGUGAUACCGAGAAUGAUGUAGAUGAAAAUGUUUUCAGUAUAAAAAAUAAAUUCACCGAUAAACUGGAUAAUUUGAAAGACUUAUAUUCUAAAACUAUGAGUACCUUAGCAGAGGAUAAAAUUAAAUAUACCUUGUAUGUAGUUUCAUGACGUAUUAAUAGAUAACAUAUCGAGGAUCUAAGGCGGUCAAUAGGACUCCUUGAAAAUGAUAUGGAAGAAUUAAAUCUGGCAAGCAUAAAAAAAAAAAAUAGAAUUUCUGUUUUGACAAGAUUAAUAAAACAAUGCAAGGAUGUUAUGCCGCAAAAAAAUAUUCAAAUUCUAAAUGUUAAGCAACAGAUGUCAUUACUAGUAAAAGAUUUGAAAGUGCUAAAGGAAGAUAUUAUUGCAUUGGAACAAACCACAGAACCAUUAGAAUUGGAAAUUCAAGAAAUAAAAAAUUCGAAUGAUCAAAUAGACAUGAAGCUCGAAGUUGAUAUUGAGGCAUUGAAAACUUUAGAUAUAUCUUUGAAUACAUUAUCAAGUAAGGAAUUUUACACAAAAUUUCAACUAGAUAAAAAAAGACGACAUUUAGACAAAUUGUCAAAUAUUAUCAAGCAAAUGGAAAAUGACAUACAAGCGGCUUUUUGGGAUUUUUAUAGUGCACUUGAAAAUAAAAGAUUAAUAACUGAUUUAUUCAAGAAGCAUAUUAGCGAAACCGAGAUUCGUGAAAUCGAAGAAAAAGAAAUAAAAGGGAGAGAAGAAUUUUCCAGGCAGGAUGAUUUUUUGAAACGCCGCAUUGAUAGUUUGAGAGCCAUGUUAAACGAAUUUGGCAAGAAAACUGAAUUUUAUUAUUCAAUAAUGGAAGAAAACACGAAUCUCAUUAACGAAAUUAGUAAUCUACGGAAGGAAGCUAAUAUAUAUUUAAAAAAGUACAAUGAUUUAAAAUCUAUAUUGAAGAUGAAAGAUUAUAAAAAAGAACUCGAACGUAAAAAGGCAUCAAAAAGAAAAUAA